AUGUCGUCUGGUUUCGUAUCUGGAGGAACAAUUGAGGAACCAAUAGAGAGAGACGAGGCAUGGCUCGCUGCGCAAAAAGAGGUGGAAGCCAAUCACCGAAGAAAGGCAGAACUAGCAAGACAAAACAAUGGGAAAUCACUCUUUGAAACUCUGGAAGCCAAUAAAGCUGCUAAGCAAGAAGCAUUUGAAGAAGCUGCCAAAUUAAAGCAUCAAUUUCAAUCGUUGAACGAAGAUGAAGCCGAAUUUCUGGACUCGAUACUUGAGCGCACUCGUGCCGAAGAGGACAGAGUGAAGAAGGAGACCCAGGAAGGACUUGCUUUGUUCCGACAGCAACAAGAAGAGGUGGAUAAGAAAGCAAGGAGAGGUAGCGAUGGAGCAGCUGUAGCAGACACUCCUGCGGAGGAUGAGUCGUGGGCUGCUGGACGGAAACGCAAAAGGGCGAAAGAAAAGGAAGGGCUUAAAGGAGUCAAACUUCGCAGAUCCUCAACAACGGAAGCUAUGAACCCUCCCCAAGCCAGUCCAACGACCCGAGCCCAAGCAACUACAAACAGUACGGCUACCAAGGACCCGGUGGUGAAAACGGAUCCGAAACCCCCAUCUGUCGCCGACAAAACAAAAUCACAAGAUCAACCUGAAGCGUCAAGUAAUGAGAAGAAAACUCCAAUUCCAUCCAAGGGCGCUUUAGGAUUGGUCGACUACGGUUCAGACGAAGAAGACGACUGGUAA